GACCACGUUCCAGCCGAAUGAACAAACAUCGUCUGUCGAUUUCUCCGGGAAAAGUGACGAUGGAGUAGCGCGGAGACCUACUUUCGUUAUGUCGAAGUGAUGGGAUUUAUUUGGGGAAAUUAGAGAAGACACAAAUGAAUUAUUUUGUGCUGGAUUUAAGAUGCCUGGCAUUGUUGUGUUCAAAAGAAGAUGGUCGGCGGGAUCGGAUGACUUCGUUCUACCAGCCCUAUUGCUAAUGAUUCUGCAUGUAAUAUGGCUGCUGAUCCUGUGCAUUACAAUGGGUGUGACCGCCUCGGACUACGACGACUCGUGUUUUGUCGCCAGCGUAUCCCUGAGAUCCUUUGACCUGGGAUACAUAGUCUCGCUUGCAGUCGGGCUCGUUUUAGAAACGGUCCUCUUCUGGGUCAGUUUGAGAGGGACCAUUUUGGAACCAGCACCACGAGUUAGUGUGCAAUACAUCCUGUACAUAAGACUAGGAAUUCUACUGUUCGAGCUCUCCUGGCAGGUAGUGGGUGUGGUCUGGUUAGCAAAGCACUACAUAAGCUGUCCAUCAGAAAUUCCUAAGAAAGUGACACUUGCUAUGAAUAUCUGCAACUGGUUGAUACUGUUGGUGAUUGGAAUCAGUGUAUGGUGUACGUACGACCAUGCGGGGGGUAAGUGGGUCAAGAUGAAGCGAUUUCAGGAGAGCUUGAAGGAGAGGCAGAAACGCAACAAGAGACCUAGUGGCCGGCGAAACUGGAGACAGAGUACACCUGUCGUAGGGAUGAAGCAGUGCCAGAGUGAUGCAGGACUUAUUGAAAUAAUUUUACCAUUUUUUGGGUGGUUACCGCCUCCUGCAAGAAGGAGUAGUGCCCUUCGAUUGUUUUCAGCCUAUCUCAAAACUCACAGAAAGACGAUACGGGCUUAUGAAGAAAGCUGGGACCGGCGUUUUAACCUGCUGUGUUGCUGUGUAGAUAGAAAGAAUAACAACAGGAACACCAUCGCUGAAAUAGCGAAGUUAUUCACCGAGUUUUUUCGUGAUUUGGAUGUAGUGCCGUCUGACGUCAUAGCGGGUUUUGUCUUGCUGAGACAUUAUCAAAGUCUCCGAAUGAGACACGUGGUUUCUCAGGAUAAUAACGAUGUGUAUGAGUACCUCUCUGGGACUCCAAUCAUUCCGACCACGUCAUUCCUACAGCUGAGCCAGCCCGAUGUUUUAGCGGAGUACCGCAAGGUGAUCCACUACAUGCGCUUAGCUUUAGCAGCCUAUGGAUGGCCUGCUGUCGUUAUGAUGAAAACGGAUGCCAACUGCUGCGGUAUUCUACCUAAACUAAGAUGUUGCUGUUGCGUAAACAAACCUUUAUCCGACUUUGUUCAGGAUAACUGCUGUCAGUGUAAUUUUGUGGCCCUUCUAAAGCUCAGUCAGCUCCGCCAAUGUGACAUUGUGUAUGCUACGUAUCAUGUUGAUAUAGGGGAAACACCUUUCUAUGUUGCUAUCGACCAUAAAUACAAGAGGGUUGUAAUCUGUGUCCGAGGAACGACCUCAUUACAGGACGUACUUACAGAUUUGAAAGCUGAUGCUGAAACACUUCCUCUAAGUCCGCCGAUAGAGAGCUGGGUAGGCCACAAGGGUAUGGUGCAAGCUGCUGUGUACAUUAGAGAUAAACUGAAAGAAGACAACUUACUGACCAAAGCUUUCAGCAAGGAUGGUGUGGAUGAAACGUAUGACCUUGUGUCAGUAGGUCACUCACUGGGAGCCGGCACUGCCGCUAUCCUCGCCAUUCUGCUGAGACAGGAAUUCCCAAAUUUGCAUUGCUAUGCUUUCUCACCUCCUGGUGGACUUUUAAGUGAGGCCUGUGUGCAGGAAACCAAGUCUUUCAUCACCUCAGUUGUGGUGGGGAAGGAUGUCGUCCCUCGGAUUGGUUUGUCUCAGUUAGAGGUGCUGAGGACUGAUUUAAUAAACGUUAUCAAGAACAGCAAGGAACCAAAGUGGAAGAUCAUAGCUAGAGGCGUGUGUUGUGGAAAUUCUGAAGCCAGGAAAAUGAAUUUAGAUGAAGUCCGGAUUGAAAUGGAGCGGGACAUCCGGGCCCAUCCUUCAGAUGACGGCAUAGCCCUGUCUGCCCAUACACCUUUAUAUCCCCCAGGAAAGAUCAUUCAUAUUGUCAGAAGUCAUCCAUCAGGAAAACGGAAAUCUUUCCGCUGCUGUCAGACUCAUCAACCCGUGUAUCAAGCUAUAUGGGCAAGCAACGAUUCGUUCGAUGAGGUCUUGGUGUCUCCUUCCAUGAUUAAUGACCAUAUGCCUGACUAUGUCUUAGAAGCCUUAGAAAAUGUACUAAUAAAUGUUGCUCCUCCAAAACCCGAGAGGAUUUUAUCGGAAGAGGAGAGGUGGGCGUUUUUAGACGAGCGAUCACCAUCAGGAGACACACUGAAAACGGAAACUACGGCGGAGAAAAAUGUGAAUAUUGAAAUGGAAACUCUACCUAGGUUUUUAUACGAGAAAGCUGACGAGGAAAACACAAUAUCAGUGGGUCCGGACGGACAACUCGUCGUCACUAGCUCUAAGAAGCCCAAGUUGAUACUGGAUCUGAACAGUAGAGAUCCUGUGGAGGCUCCUCUGGCGAGUCCAGAUACGUUGUCAGAGAGGUCUAGUGUUCUGAACUCGUUGAGUCAGUCAAGUGAUCUAGAUAAAGGAAAAGAAAACUUCCGAAUGUCUCUCCAAAGCCCGCCAACGUUAGAAACAAUUCAGCAAUCUCCUGAGUUAAGGAAAAGUGAUUUAGUUGACGAAAGUAGAGUAUUUUCUGGAUCUCCUGUAAAACAUUGUAACGGGAAUGUUGUUCAGACAUGUGCGGUCGUAGAGUCUAAUACCCCAAUAUCAAAGGAUCUUGGACAUUCAGGUAGUGUUCCAGAUCCCCCCAAAGACGAGAAAGAGAACUCAACGCUGCCUAUUGUGAGUUGUUCAGAACGCCAUUCUCCUGAAGAGACACUGCAGGCAGAAUACGAAGAUCCAAAUUAUUACUACAGCGCUGCAGGGAUUGGUUAUCCACAUGGUUCAGGCGCAUACCACCCUCCAGUAGACGACACAACACAAUCCAACGACGAGGUCGAUUCUGAAACUGCUCCACUGAUUUCCAAUAAUGACUUUAACUUUGUAGAGUCUCCCAUUCACCGCAUAAAAUCUACAUGUCAAUAUCAGGAAAUCCAUGGUCAUUCUGAUGAAACUUUGAAAACUUCACAAUCAGAGUCUCAUUUACAAACUCUGUCAGAAAUGUACAUUAUGAAACGUUCCCAAGAGCAGGGUGACAUUGCACACUUGCAAGACGCUGCAAAAGUUUAUCAUUCUGCUAAUAUGCUGCCUAUUCGGGAGUCCUUGGGUUCCACAGGAGAAAACGAGGAGAGUCAUCUCAUGCGUGUCAAUUCCGCGGAAGGUUUGAGUGCUUUAACGUCCCCAUCCACGGACUCGGAAAAACCUUUAUCCUCGGUGCAGUCAGAUGACGUGUUCGAUCUUCCUCUAGAGGAGAGUGACGUUUGACAUUGACCAGCUGGACCAUCUUCAGUGCAUGGCUAGUCCUGUACUGUAAACGUGCUUAUUUUAGCACAAUCAAAAUUUAGCGCAUUUUCUGUCCUGUGCAUAUUAGCGCUGCAGUGAAUGAAGGCAAAUUAGAAUUUUAUAUACAUUUUGUAGGUAAGUGUAUGCAUAGGCCAAUAUGAAAGAUGUACAUAAAUAAGCAUAUCAAGGCUUAAAAAACACAGUAAUACUUAAGUACGUUUGCAGUAAUUUAUAUAGGAUGGUAAGAUUUUGUGUCGUAAACAAUUCGUAUUUAAGAUUAUACAAUAUUUCAUUUUAAAUCUGAAUCAGGUCAGUGAUGAAUUCAUUUAUGAUUUGACAUUGUUUUGAAAAUGUAACUUUAUAUUGCGAUUAUUGUUUUACAAUCGGUGUCUUUAGAACAACUAUUAUACAUUUACACAUAUCCAAGAUUUUAUCUCUAUCGUCAAAAUGUAUAUCUUAAAUGUGGACAGAACGCACGUCUUUAAAUCUACAUUUUUAAGGACUCUUAUUAGAAUAUUUGAUAAAUAUUAAGAUGCUUUAUCCCUGAAUAAAUUAAUUUUUUAUUUCAAAAUUAAGAAAAAUCUAGUGUUUAGAUAUGCAUUUUUCCAUUUUCAUCGACCCCCGUCUUGUCAGCUGUUCUUAACAUUUUAUUUAUUGAAGAGUUGUUAUAUUUAUUUUGGAAUGAGUGGAUAUGUUACAACCUUAGCAGUCAGCAGGUCUGAGGAUAAGCAGAUUUUUCUGCAAAUGUUAUAUUACAUGGAUUUAACAUCUACCAAUACGGUUGAAUUUACAGAAUUACUUUAUGAACCUUACUUAAAAAUCACUUUUCAUUUUAGCAGCAGCAUUUCUAAAGAAUUGUACUUUUUGAAAACAUAAGUUUUAUUGGUUUAUGAUUUAUAAGAGAACAAUUAUCAUAUGUGCUAUAUCAAUUGUCCUGCAUUGAAAACUGAAUUUAUAUGAUAUAUGACCCGAUUUUGUACGUUUUUAGCUCACGUGAGCUGAAAGCUCAAGUGAGCAUUUCUGAUCGCCUGUUGUUCGUCGUCUGUCCGUCCCUCUGUUCGUCUGUCUGUAAACGUUUUACAUUUUCGACUUCUUCUCCAGAACCACUGGGCCAAUUUCAACCAAACUUGGCCUAAAGCAUCCUUUGGUGAAGGGCUUUCAAGUUUGUUCAAAUAAAGGGUCAUGUCCCUUUCAAAAGAGAGAUAAUCACUAAAAUGAAAAAAAUAGGGUAGGGUAAUUUAAAAUUCUUCUCAAGAACCACUGGCUAGAAAAGCUAAAAUUUACCCGAAAGCUUCCUGACAUAGUGCAGAUUCAAGUUUGUUAAAAUCAUGGUCCCCGGGUUUUGAAUGGGGCCACAAUAGGGGAUCAAAGUUUUACAUACAAUUAUAUAGGAAAAUCUUUAAAAAUCUUCUAAGAACCACUGAGACAGAAAAGCUGAUAUUUACGUGAAAUCUUCCUUACAUGUUGCAGAUUUAAGUUUGUUAAAAUCAUGGCCCCCGGGGGUAGGAUGGGACUACAAGGAGGAUCAAAGUUUUGCAUACAAAUAUAUAGGAAAAAUCUUUUUCUCUAAAACUACUGGGCCAAGAAAGUGGAAAUAUACAUGAAAGCUUCCUAACAUAAUGCAGAUUGAAGUUUGUUCAAAUCAUGGCCCCCAAGGAUAGGAUGGGGCCACAAUAGGGAUCAAAGUUUUACAUGCGAAUAUAUAGGAACAUCUUUAAAUAUGAGCCAAGGUGACUCAGGUGAGCGAUGUGGCCCAUGGGCCUCUUGUUUUGUUUGUUGUUUUUCUUUUUGCUGUUGCAGGUUGUUAUAAUUAUUACAUAUUGAUAUUUUCAUAUCAGUUGUAAUCAAUUGUAACUGAAAUUUUCCAUGUCAGUAUAAGUACUUACUUCCUUUUAUAUAUGCUCUCCCAAACAUUUAUUUUGAUAGCAAUAUUUCCAAUUUGUCACGUGUCUGUGUACUUAUUUUUACAUAUAUCCCGUGUUUUGCGGUGCAAUUUACAUUAUAUUUUUAUGGUGCAAUCAGAUGUUUUAUCAUUUUUUUCCUGCAAAGUUUGGUUUUAUUCUCUUUCAUUUUAUGUAUAGUGAAAAAAAUUCAUAUUUGUUAUUGAAGAUUAUUCGUUUAAUUUCGGUUUUUGUAUUACCUCUCAACCGCUUUCAUUAAAAAUGGUAUUU